AGUUGGUUGAAUUUGGUUCCGGUGUAUCUUAUCUGGGGGUCACACAGAGGGGGAGACAAACCUACAAGGCUUCAAAAUGCUGUUACGAAGAGUGUUGCACAUCGGAGGCUUGACGCUGAAGCACAGCAGGUCCAUCCACCACAGCCCGGUCUGGAGGAGUCCCCUUGUCCCCAUAGUUGUGGAGCAGACGGGGAGAGGAGAAAGAGCUUAUGACAUCUAUUCUCGCCUCCUGAGAGAGAGAAUUAUUUGUGUAAUGGGUCCUAUCGAUGACUCUGUAGCCAGUCUGGUUAUCGCCCAGCUGCUCUUCCUGCAGUCAGAAAGCAACAACAAACCCAUCCACAUGUACAUCAACAGUCCCGGCGGUGUGGUGACAGCGGGCCUGGCCAUUUACGACACCAUGCAGUACAUCCUCAAUCCCAUCUCCACCUGGUGUGUUGGCCAGGCAGCCAGUAUGGGCAGCUUGCUCCUGGCGGCGGGAACGACGGGCAUGAGGCAUUCACUGCCCAACGCCCGCAUCAUGGUCCACCAGCCUUCAGGAGGCGCCAGGGGUCAGGCCACGGACAUCGCCAUCCAGGCCGAGGAGAUCAUGAAGCUGAAGAGACAGAUCAACAGCCUCUACGCCAAACACACGGGGCAGCUGCUGAGCACCAUCGAGGGCGUGAUGGAAAGGGACCGCUACAUGAGCCCCAUGGAGGCGCAGGACUUCGGUAUCAUCGACCGGGUCCUGGUCCACCCGCCCCAGGCGGGCCAGGACGAGCCCGAGCUGGUGCAGAAGGAGCCGGUGUCGUCGGCCAGUCCACCUCCACAGCCAGAGUCGGCGGCCCCGGGGCAGGCCCUCCCCGGGACCAACGCCCCCUCCUCGUACAAACCAGAGCCGUGAGGCCACCGCAGAUACUUACCUCCAAGCCGAUACUUGUAGAGUUCCUGAAGACGAGGCGGCGCCCCGCGGCCUUAGGUGACUUCUUUUCUUCCCCCAACCAACACAUGCAGGCAUCAGUGGCUACAGUGAUCAGAGGGUGUCCUCAUAGGACGUGAAUCCAAUGUAUUGUACCUUUUUUAUUUUUUAUUACUUUUGAGACGGUGAUUCCAGAUGUAAUAAAAAGUCAAAGCAGUGAUGGCUGAGAAGCAGUCGGCCAUCUUUUUGACUCCACAUACAAGUUGAUCUUAGUGCUCGCGGAGUGAAAGCACAGUGAUACAAGAUGUUUUAUUGUAAUGUAAUGAGGUUAUUCAGAGGGGAGGAAGCCUUUCUAGACGACUAAGACAGCCAUCUUGUUCUGUACCCGCUUGCUGCAGACUGGAGAGGACCUGUGUGACCUGUAUUUGACCUCAUAUUUGUGAUGAAUAAAUGUGAUAAUUUUGACCACAAUUCCUGAAA